CAUCAUAUAUGGUGUCAUACUUUAGUUGUCUCCGAACAAGUGUGAUGGAGCUGCAGCGAAGGGUUUCUGUGUCUGCAAAUGAAUAUGAAGAGAGUGAAGGGAUGCAAAGAAGUGAAGCUAUAAAAACUGAGGAUAUUUAUCAGUGUCUGAACCAGCCACCCACUGCAGCCCCUCAAUACAAUACGCACACAGCAUUGAUUUCAGAACAAAGGUGGCAGAAAUUAGUCGUUUUGCUUUUUGCUGUGAAUAUUCUGAUCUUAAUGAUCAUACUUGCCAUCACAGGAAUGAAUUACUCUAUAAACAAAGAGGCACAUCUGAGACAAGUGGCUAAUGGGCAGAGAGCAAAUGAUCAAGAAGGAUGGCAACUUCAUGACAAUGUGUUCUAUUUGUUCUGGAGGGACCAAAGUGACUGUGGUGCAGCUAUUAGAUUCUGUGAACAGAGGAAUGCCAGCCUAGUCAACAUAACAUGGAAAAACAAGGUCUGGUUGCAGUCCAGAGUCAAUGGAAAGCAAUUUUGGGUCUCAGGAUCUUUAGAUGGAUCUGGAGACAGUGCUAAUAAAUUGAUGGAUGGAGACCUAGAGGAUAACGAGGAUAAUCAGUGUGGCAUCUUGACCCAUGGAAUUAAUAAGGAACACACAGAAGGAUUUGUGUGUGAAAGGGAAGCAAAAAUCAACAUUAUAAGUGCUUUUUAGGACUCAGCUUAUUAUGUUCUCUUUUCUAACCUAUUAUUCAACUUCCAUUUCAACCAACUUAGCUGUAGAUUAUAAUUAAAAAAGUGUGUUAAUUUGUAAAAGUAAAGAAAUGCAGAAUACUUUUAAUGUUUUUGCAUAUAGUACAAUGUAGGCUAUGUGCUAUAAAUAUGUGUUUUACGAAAUAAAUCUUUAUUACAAUUUUAAGCACAUUUUUUUGUGUUGAGGCUCAUCUGAAAUUUGCAAGUGGGAAAGGGACUUUUCGUUUACCGGUUUACGAAAACCUCUCGUUGUUGCUA